AUGCAUCCGCGAGACCGCCAAUCAAGAUUACACCUUCACUCACCUGAAAAGCCUUCUCAGCGAUCCAGCUCCGUCGUUACUCGCUCGUCUUCUCCAUCCUCAAUAGGAUCAUAUUCAGAUUUGGCGACAACCACAGAUUCCAGAGACCUGAAAUAUGGAGUCCUUCCUCAACAAAAAUCUGUCGUUCUCGGUAUCUGCGCCAUGGAUAUCAAAGCUCGCAGCAAGGCAAUGAGAGAAAUUCUUACACGAUUGGUCGAAAGGGCCAGAGGGGCUAUAGAGGUCAAAGUGUUUGGCGACAAGGUCAUCCUGGACGAAGAUGUCGAAAAUUGGCCCAGAUGCGAUGUGCUCAUCUCCUUUUUUUCGACCGACUUUCCACUUGAUAAAGCGACAUCUUAUGUCAAGCUCCGAAAGCCUUUUUGUAUCAAUGAUCUUCCCCCCCAGGCUUUGCUCUGGGACAGACGCCUGGUGGGGGCUGUUCUAGAUCAUCUUGGAGUUCCAACCCCAACCCGUUUAGAGGUAUCGAGGGAUGGUGGUCCCAAGGUCGACCCAGAGCUUGUCGAAAUCAUGAAGAACAAGUUGGGCAUUACCCUGGGUGGUUUCCUCGUGACCCCUGAAGUUACUCUUCGAGAAGAUGGUAAUGCCAUUAUAGUCGAUGGAAAGGCCAUGGAAAAACCGUUCGUUGAAAAGCCGGUUAGCGGAGAGGAUCACAAUGUUUAUAUAUACUUCCGGGGUGGUGGAGGUCGUCGAUUGUUUAGAAAGGUGGGGAACAAAUCCAGCGAGCUCGAUCCUACCUUGAAUCACCCUAGAACGGAUGGGUCAUAUAUUUAUGAAGAGUUUAUUGACGUAGAUAACUCAGAAGAUAUCAAAGUUUACACAGUGGGAAAGGAAUAUACCCAUGCAGAAACUCGCAAAUCACCUGUGGUCGAUGGUGUCGUGAGACGCAAUACGGAAGGGAAAGAAAUCAGGUUCAUUACACGACUGACAGAAGAAGAGAAAUCUUGGGCGGAUAAGAUCUGCGAAGGAUUUGGUCAACGUGUGUGUGGGUUCGACAUGUUGCGCUGUGGAAAUGGUCGACAUAGUCAUGUUAUUGAUGUGAACGGAUGGAGUUUUGUGAAAGGAAAUGAGACCUAUUAUGACAAAGCUGCAGAUAUCCUAGCUGCCCUUUGCAUGCGUGUAUCAUCUACGUUGGAACGGCCCUUACCAGCGGUAGUACCGUCCCAGGAAGCGCCUACAUGGUUAUUAAAAGCUAACGUUACGGUUUUCCGGCAUGCUGAUCGUACUCCAAAGCAAAAAUUGAAGUUCAACUUUCCAAUAGGAGAGCCUUGGACCCAACCUUUUGUCACUCUCCUGAACGGAGAAACGGAAGAAAUUAUUCUGAGAGAAAAGGAACAAUUGACCUGGAUUGCUACUGCCAUUGAAGAAGCCCGGAAUCUAGGGGCGGAUGGAGAGGAGCUCAGUAAACUGACUCAACUCAGUAAUGCAUUAUUCAGCAAAAUCGAUCUUCCUGGGACAAAGGCACAGCUUAAGCCUGUAUACUCUAAAAGACAGGUCGGUCAAACGCGAAAGCUUACCAAGCUGACUCUAGUAUUCAAAUGGGGAGGCGAGUUCACCCAUUCAGCGCGUUACCAGUCUCGGGAUCUUGGUGAAAAUUUGAAGAAAGACAUAACUAUUAUGAACAAAGAGGUGCUUCAUAAUGUCAAAAUAUUCACAUCCUCGGAGAGACGUGUCAUCGCUUCCGCAGAAAUAUUUGCAGCCGCACUGUUAGAUCCACAGCAUCCUAGUUAUUCGGCCCAUUCCUCUGGUUCUACUCGUAGCCCCCUUGAUGCUAAAAACAAUGGGUAUGUCAAUAAAAACGUACCUCAACAACAGCAAGUUCCGAAUCAAGCUCCUCUCAAAUUAAUCGUGCGGAAGGACCUUUUGGACGAUUCCAAUGCAGCCAAAGAUCUCAUGGACGAUGUCAAAAAGCGUCUCAAGAUAUUGCUGCGGCCUGGAGAGUCAGAAAAGAGGCCCGAAUUAACAUGGCCUAAGAGUAUGAAAAAGGAGCCUGUCGAAGUUGUCAAAGAAGUGAUUGAACUCUUGAGUUCAUUCAGAGACAUUAUGCGCCAUAAUUUUGAAACUUUGGACGUUGACAAGAUUCAAGAACGAUGGUGCUGUGGCGACGAACCUUGGCUUUUCCGUGAGAGGUGGGAAAAGCUCUUCGAAGAUUUCUGCGAUGUGGAGCAAAAGAAAUUUGAUCCGUCGAGGGUUUCCGAAUUGUAUGACACCAUUAAAUACUGCGCUCUACAUCACCGAACCUUUUUAUUCUCCAUUUUUGACGAACAUGGUCGCACAGAUUCUCAUCAACCACCCCAAGACCGCAAAAUCCAUGAGCUUUAUGGUCGUGCUAAAGCUUUAUUUGAUUUGGUUGCCCCUCAGGAAUAUGGAAUUGAUCCAGAUGAGAAGGAGGAAAUUGGGGUUUUGACAUCCCUGCCACUACUUCGCAAUGUGGUAUCGGAUUUGGAAGCGGCAAGAAAUAACGGCGAAAGUUCCCUGACACUUUACUUCACCAAAGAAAGCCAUAUCCAUACCCUCGUAAAUCUAGUUUUACUUUCUGGCCUCCCAAUUGCCAAUCGACGAAUCCCUGAGUUGGAUUACGCGUCCCAUAUAACCUUUGAGCUUUAUGAAAGGAAUCACGGUCGUGGGAACUCUGAUAAGGAGUAUUCCAUCAAGCUUUCACUAAGUGAAGGCGCGCAUUCAUCGAAUGUCCUUGAUUCUACACUGGAUGCUCGACAUUCCCUGAAUGUACAACCACGGCGGAAACUCACCCAGCAUCUACCGUACAGCUUGGUCAUUGAAAAAUUGUCUAAACAUUUCAAUAGAUUGACCGAUGAUGACGAUACCGGACUAGAAGGACCUUUCGAGACCAUAGAUGCCCCUUUGUCAGUUUCGCCGGCAGGAAAUAGCGAGUAG